AUGUUUACUGGUGGAAGUGACACGACCUACACAGCCUUAGAAUGGGCAAUGAUAGAACUCUUAAGACAUCCAAAAAUCCUCAAGAAAUUGCAAGAGGAGGUGACUGGCAUGGCCAAAGGAAAAUCAUACAUAUCUGAGAGUGACCUCGACAAAACACCUUACAUGAAAGCUGUAAUCAAAGAGACUCUUCGGUUGCAUCCCCUAAUUGCAUUGAUAGUUCCUCGAGAAUCACGGCAAGACACCAAAAUAAUGGGCUAUGACAUAGCGGCAAGGACCACGGUCAUAACCAAUGUCUGGGCAAUUGGAAGAGAUCCCGCCUUGUGGGACGAAUUGGAGGAGUUUAAGCAUGAGAGUGUUAACCCGCAAUUUGCGGAUAGGGGCGCGGGCCGGGCCUCCAAGACCCGAUUAUACCCCGACCCGGCCGAAUUGCAAAAGUAA